UGAAAUUUGGCGCCCCAAAUAGUCAAAUAUGGCUUUUUAGCUCCACAAAUUUAAUUUUCACUCCAACUCUACAAAAAGCUAAAUUUAGCUUCUCACCUCCUUUUUUCAGUUUAUUUCAUAAAUCAUACUUAUUUCCUCUAAUUUUUAUAUUUCAUUUUAAUUUUUUUAUAUUUCAUUAUUACUUUUGAAAACAUAACUUUCGAUGUAAUUUUUUUAAAAUUUCGAGAUAAAAAAUUAGAAAUUAAUCGUUAAUUUGUUACCGUUUACUACCGUUGUUUCUUUAUUAUAUCAAUAAUCUAUCAUUUAAAUUUAUAAUAAAUUUUAACAAAAAAAUAACCAAUCACGAAGAGAAAAAGAAAAAAAAAACAAAAUAAAAAAGAGGUUUGCCCCACCUCAAUCCCCAAGCCAUAUUUGACUUUUCACUCUAAACAAGAGCUAAAUUUGGGCCACAUUAAAUGCAAGACCCCAAAUUUGGGGAUUGUCCCCAUUUUUUACAAUUUGGCUCCAAUGUUAUCAUCCCCAAAUUUGGGGAUCUCCAUUUUUCUAUUUUUCCAUUUACUUAUCGAAGUCUUAAUAUAAUUUGUUAAUGUUAAUUUUUGUAUAGUUCGUCAUCAUUUUUAGAUACAAAUUUUCUGAUUGAAUUUUUUUAAAUUCCGAGUCCGAAAUUUUUUGGCGAAAAAAUUAUGGACCUAAUUUGGGUUUACACCAAUGUUGUCAGAACCGGACCGGAGCAUGACCCGAUAAUGUAAACGACUCGCAUUUUAGUGGUCCAACCGAUAUUGGACCGUUAAAAAACCGUUAGAGAACCGGUACUUUAUAAACAAUAAUAUAAUAAGUGGACUAGUAGAGACACAUAAAAUAACUAUUUAAUAAUAUAAUGCCUAAAAUGAAAUUUGCUUUGCGGGUACGAACUAGUAAUUUUACACUAUAUAUAUCAAUUAAAAACCCUAACCCUACUCCUAGUGGCCGCUCCUCUUCCCAUUCUCCAUUCUUAGCAGCCGCCCCCUCUUUCCAAUCCCCCUCUUUGCAAUUUUCAUGGUGGAGAAGAAGAAGCAACACCCAGCCAAAUUUACACCCUCCUCCCCAGACUACUCCUUCAACCAGGGCUCGAAAGUAAAGGGCUCCGCUUCAGCUGCUAGUUCAUCGUCAAUUUCUUUACCAGCCGCCACGCUCGUCCUCUAGAGCUUCUCAAGCUCCUCUCCUACCCUCCCACCACCGUCGAUAAAAAGAACCCCAAAAAGACCCGUUCCCGACCGCCACCGCGUUCCUCCCGUCUCACCGGAAUUUGACCACCUGACCGUUCUUCUUCUUCUUCGUCGUUUUCCGUUGGACAAACAGAGCACCGGCCAGAAAUUGAAAACCGGUCGGGCGGUUCGAGCGGUUCAAAUGGUUAGCCAUUUUGACCGCUUGCCAACCGAUCAUUCUACCCGUUACGGCUUUUGGACUCACCCGGGCCGAUAUGACGUUCGGGUUCCGGUUUUGGCGGUCCGACCGACCGGCUCGGGUCGGCUUUAAUAACACUGGUUUACACACAACACUUGAAAAUGAUAAAGCUAAAGGAGUUCACAUAAUAAUUUAAAUGAUACAACUUAGAGGUUACACACAACACUUGCUAAUGAUAAAGCUUAAAUAUUAUACACAACACUUGCUAAUGAUAAAGCUUAAAUAUUAUACACAACACUUGCUAAUGAUAAACCUUAAAAAUAACACACAACACUUGAAAUGAUAAAGAUGAACAGCAGAGGCUGGAAAUCUGUUUACUGCGUCACCAAGCGUGAUGCUUUCCGAGGCACGGCACCUAUUAAUCUCACGGACAGGCUCCACCAGGUGCUGAGGUGGGCCACCGGUUCAGUCGAGAUCUUCUUCUCCCGCAACAAUGCACAGCUCGCAAGCUCAAGGAUGAAAUUCCUCCAGAGAAUAGCGUACCUCAACGUUGGCAUAUACCCAUUCACGUCGGUGUUUCUGAUCGUCUACUGCUUCCUGCCAGCGCUCUCCCUGUUCUCGGUGAGAAGAAACACAAAACGGCUAGGGUAUUGGUGAAGGAUCUCAAAAACUUGAGAGCUUCUUUUCUGCAUUUCUCAUAUAUAUACAAACCCUGUACAUCCUUUGUUUAAUCCUAACGGCUAAUUAACAGUAAUAAUAAACUAACUAAUUAAACGGACCAGUGACCGAAUGCCAAUUGUCCUAUAUACAGUGUUUAACAACAGCUAUCAACGAACUAAGAGAGACGACACCGUUUCGGCCUGUCUUCUUCUUCUUUCAAGGAAACGACCGCGUUCUGGACCAAACGCAUCUUCGCCCAUUAGACCACAACGUCGUCAUUUCUUCGGGACUGGAAAUCCUCAGCUGCAGUUCUUCCUUAGCAGCAGCAGCUUCGAGUUCAUUUCUUCUUCAGCAGAUCUUCAGCUGCUACUGCUCUGACUCAUUACUCUGUUACCCCCCCCCCCCCCCCUCAAGCUGGCGAGUGUCUUCCUGACACUCCCAGCUUGGUCAUGAGCAUAUUGAAACGAUCAAUGCCUAGGCUUUUAGUAAAGAUAUCUGCCAGCUGAUAUGUGGUAGAAACAUGGUGCAAAUCUAUCAAACCAUUCAACAAUCUUUCCCUGAUAACGUGGCAGUCAACUUCAAUGUGCUUUGUGCUCUUGUGAAAGACUGGAUUGCGAGCAAUGUGAAUGGCAGAUUGGUUGUCGCAAUAAACCUUCACUGGCUGU